GCUGCUCACGUGGAAUCAUCCAUAACACCAAGAGGAAUUUGGGGACGUCUUUGAAGUACUCUGUGAAGGCCUGCAAGUCUUCGGUGCCAGAUGGGUUCAGCAUUCCAACGGUUCUUCUGCUGCUGCUGCUGCUGCUGUAUCGACGAUGACGAUGAUGAAGAUGAGAAGCAGCCUCUCAUUCCUCAGGACCCGUUGGAGUACUUCAAUCGUGAGGUCCAGAAGCGGCGCGAUGAGGAGACGAACCUGUGGAGUACGCCCGGGGACCCAAGUCACUCGGAGAGGGAGGAUGACAGAGCGCUGUACUCCCUGCUGCAAGCCCGGAACAAGACCCGAAUGGGAUCCACAGGUUAUCGGCGUCUGAGCGUGGAUAUCGAGGCCAUGAGAGACACUCGAAGAGAAGUCAGAGACAAGUGGAAAACCAUCCUGGAAAACCUUGGUUUCAUGGCUGAGGCCGACUCGCUGCUCAACGUGUCUGCGGGCGCCUCACAUGACCGCAUGCGGAACGCUCAGGCAGCACGAGACAUGCUGCAGACGCUACACUCCGAGACCUCCAUCUUUAACAGCAGAGAGCCGCCGCCCGAGAGAUAUCUCUUCAUCCUGGACCGUCUGAUUUACCUGGACAUCGCUGAGGACUUCCUGACCAAGGCCAGGCGCUUCUACCCUCCCAACGACGACUCGGAGGAGGAGACACCGGGGCUGGCCAUCAACCUGCCGCUGCUGCUGGCCCGGGUGGAGGCCAUGAACGGAACCGGAGACGAGGACGAGGAGGACGAGGACAACUUGAGUGACAGGUCCUAACUGGCUGCAGUGGUUGGUGACAAAGACAGGUGGCAGUAGUCGCCAAGUCAUGGGUGACAGAACAAUCCAGCCGUUGCACACCCUCUUUUUUGUCUUACUUUUCCUCACAUAAGCAUGUGAAAGGGUUACUGAAUGAUCAUGCGACCGCCAUUCUUGUCGGUGUGCCUCUGGUUGGAACCUCCAGGGAGAUGCUAUCUCUGCAGACGUUCCUAUAAAUAUUAUGUCCUGUGAUCGUCAGCACGCAGACACAUGAUCGCAGCUAAUGUUGUGAAAAGCCCUAUUGAUUCUGAAAAUGGUCAUUAUUGUAUGUUAGUGUGUGACAAUUGCGCCGGCGUGUGUGAGAACGCGUGAGGGGGCGAGUGCUUUCUCUCAGUCGUGGUUGUUGAACUGUGAAAGAUGUAUUGACUCGGUUAGUGUUUCAGUCUAAGAUGAAAUAAAGUUGCCGCCUGGAGCUCCCUCUGCGUGACAUGCUCUGUGGGAAUAUGCACAAAGUGGCUGUGUGGAUAGGUGACGCCUCACGUGGCUCACACUGCGGUCGCCGGGCCAGGUUUGGCUCGGUGGAGCCGGCCUCUCCCUCCAGGACCUGCAUCGGUUGAAAGAUGGUUGGCGAUGAAGAGCUUUUUGGUGAUCAGCUGCUUCUUGUUUUUGUUGUUAUGUAAGUGUAACACUAGUGCGAGCACAUGUCUGCGGCCACCUGCCGCUCCCAAAUCCAUACUAAACUGUCAACACUGAGAAAAGCACCUAAAACACCGAGAAUUCAAACAUCCUGUUUCUGACUCAUCCGCUCUGGAACUAUCACUUUUGCCGCAGCUUUGUCUCGCGGAUGACCUUCAUGUCGCCUCCGUGCUGACAGCUCAUUCAAGUGCCACCUUCCAACAGCUGUGAAUGUGCUGUUGCGCAACACAAGUUCCCCCUGA